AUGGCCGACUGGAGCACGCGCUACCUCGCGGCUCUCGAUGCCCGCGACAGACGCGAAUCCACUCACAAGUCCUGCAUCGAUGCCUACACUCGUCUGGCCGACCGCAAAAGCAUAGCGACUGCCACCCCUGAAAUCUCUACCUCUACCGCUGUCCCUCUCAAUGCGCAUACCCAUGACGAAAUCUCCCGCCUACGUCAAGACCUCAGCGCAACCCAAGCUGCCCGCUCCUCCCUCGCAUCACAACUCCAAACCCACGAGACCACAAACACUUCCCUCGUCACCUCCAACAAGACGUUGACCGCCCAACUCACCUCUGUGCACCGCCAACUUGCUUCUCUCGAGCGCAAGCUCAAAGACCGUGACGAGGAGUUGAGAGCAAAGAAGAAGAUGGUCGAGCAAGUGCAAGAUGAGAUUGUGGCGCUGACCAUGGAGCUGAAUGCUGUAGUGAGAGAGAAAGAAAAGUUGAAGGGGAGAAUGGGGAGUUGGUGA